GUCUCUGACUCUCGCGGUACUGCUGCGCGAAGAUGGCGGCCGAACUGGUGGAAGCGAUGAACAUGGUCAAAAGUUUCCGGGUCUCUGACCUGCAGACGCUGCUGUCUUCAAUGGGUCGCAGUAAGAGUGGGCUGAAACAGGACUUGGUGGGGCGUGCACUGAGGCUAGUACAGACUGAAUACAGCCCAGAGCUGUUGAAGAAUGUCAGGCAGCUGUACGAGUCUCGUUUCCCCAAAUCAUCUGGCUGGCUGGCAGCCCGACGUCCAGAGGGCAUCCCAGUUGCGUUCUCUACCCUCAGUUCCUCUCCCAAUGCCACCUCUCAGGGCCCAGACUACCUCAAUGGCAUAUCCAAACCCCUCCCUCCUACACCUGCUGCUGAGGUCAAGCUGGUGCCACUACCCUUUUAUCAAACUUUGGAAACACUGUUGCCACCAACAGAGCUAAUUGCCCAGAAUAACGAAAAACUGCAGGACAGUCAAUGCAUAUUUGAGUUAACACCAAACCAAGCAGACCAGAUCAGAAAUGCUGGUGAACUUCGACCUGGAAUCAGAUCGAUUCAGGUGGUUCUUAGAAUCUGUUACACGGACUCUAUUGGUGUUCAGGAGGACCAGUAUCCUCCAAACAUUGCGGUCAAAGUCAACCAGUCAUACUGUCAUGUUCCGGGCUAUUACCCUUCCAAUAAGCCUGGAGUUGAACCUCGUCGUCCUUGUCGUCCUGUAAACAUCACUCCUUGGUUGCAUCUCUCCAGUGUCGCCAACAGAGUCACCAUCACCUGGGGAAACUUUGGCAAGCGAUACUCUGUAGCAGUGUAUUUAGUGAGAGUCUUCACUGCAGCAGACCUCUUCAGCCAACUCAAACUUUGCUCUGUUGAGAGUGCAGAACGUUGUCGUGAACGCAUCCAAGACAAGCUACGAUUUGACCCAGAAAGUGAAAUUGCCACUACAGGGCUCCGGGUUUCUCUGAUUUGUCCGUUGGUGAAGAUGCGACUUGGAGUCCCAUGUCGAGUUUUAACUUGUGCACAUCUUCAGUGUUUCGACGCGGUGUUUUUCCUGCAGAUGAAUGAAAAGAAGCCCACAUGGACUUGCCCUGUAUGUGACAAGCCUGCUCCCUUUGAGCUGCUCACUAUUGAUGGGCUAUUAUCUGAGAUUCUCAAAGAGACAAGUGAGGACAUUGAGGAGAUCGAGUACUUAACUGAUGGCUCCUGGCGACCGAUUAGAGACGAGAAGGAGAGGGAGCGAGAACAAGAACGCAGCAACACCCCAGAGUACCCUGUUGUUGACAUAUGCAUUCCUGAGGCGAACGGCCAUUCACCAGCCCACAGCAGCACCAGUCUGACAGGCAAAUCUGGAAGCAGUUCUGUCGGAGUGCCAGGAGUCACAGGAGGAGCUGCCACCACAUCAGGAGGGGGUGCAGUGGUAGAUCUGACUCUGGACUCUGACUCUGAGGAGGAAGGGGGAGGGGCCGGCGGAGACAGUGACGACACAGAGGACAGCGCUGACAGUCCUGCCCCCAAGAGGGGCCGAUACAACUAUGACAAGGACCUGGUCACUGCUUACUGACCCUGCAGCGCCGUCCCCGCAUUGACUGACACGCGUACAGAGACACAGAGGCAGGGGGCUGAAAACCUGAGGACGUAAACCCACUAGAUGCAAUGACCCUCCCUCACGCCCCAAACCUCAGAGCCUUUUAGCAGCUCUGGUUCAUGUCUAAACAGGCGCACUCAUUCAUGCACUGUUAACGAGUCUUCAAUCUAAAGCGAUUAGGAUUCCACUCUUUGUACUCUACUCUACUGGAAGCGGCCCCAACUCUUUUUGGCCAAGCAUCAUUCUGCAUUUAAUGUCUUGUCCUGCCUCUACAAAAGACACUAAAUGAAUCGAACGCCCCUUCCCCUUUCUUUCUCUCCCUCUUCAGACUCUCUCCCUCUACUGCACCAUCUCUCUGUACUUUGUAUUGAUUUGGAUUGACUGGCUCUUUGGGCCACGGGGGUUCAGUGUUUGUUGCAGCUGUUAUGAAAGGGGAGAGUUGAAAAUGAAGGCGCUCCAGUUCUUGCAAAUAAUAAAACAAACAAAAAAAAAAAAACUUUAGCAACUAAUAUCAAAGGAUUAAAUAAUUUGGAGAGGAAAAGCUGGAGACUUCUUCAGUGUGAUGCAAAUUUUGGUGUCCUCUCCAUUGUGUGAUUUCAGAGGGAUAUUUUCUCUUUUAAGAUGUAUUCAAAGCUUGAAAGGGUUUUUCAGGAAUUUAUUAUUUUAAUUAUAAAAGGACAGUACAUAAAUCUGUCCUCGGUGUGUGAUGUUUUCCAUUUUAUUUUGUCCUUAAAUAAAGUGAACCUACCUCAGUCAUUAAAACUUGGCAGACUGACCAGAGAGGAGCUUGGGAAGAAUACAAGGACAGAAGAACUAAGGGUUCUUUCUGAAGCCAAUUUUACACUGGAGAUUUUGUUUUCCUGCAUUUUCUAUUUAAAACCCAUCAUUACAUGCAGCUCUGGUCCCUUUGGAGAGACACUUUUUGGUGAGUGCGAGUUAGCCCGUUGGUGGAACUGUUAAACAUUAAUCUGGUUGUCAUUGUAACAGGGUUUCUGAAAGUUGGCAUCUCACUGUUGCAUAUGGUUACAACUCAACAGUUACUCCACAAAAAGCAGGUGGAUUUUGUAUUAUUCUUUUUUUGGGGGGGGGGUAAGGCUAGUUGAGCUGGCCAGUAGGUAUAAAUCCAGUGUGUGAGAGAAGGCAUUUUAUUUUGUUGAAGUACAUAAUCUACC